AAGAGGCAAAAAAACUAGAAUAAAGAAUCAAAUACAGAUAUAGGAGCUAUGGAUAGAGGUUUUAAGGAAGUUGUGGUACUGAUGAUAUUGAUAGUAGCAAGUCUUAUGGUUAUGGUGUCUGCAUCAGAUGAACCCUCUCCAUCCCCAAGCCGGGGACGGAGAUUGAAACACUUUCUUUGUAGUGUAAAAUGUGCAUGGGAAUGCCAUGCAUCUCUGCAUCACUUCCCUGUGCUUUGUAUGACUAAAUGUGUCCUCAAAUGCUUGGAAUCAUCUCCACCUGCACCUGAUUCUUUUCUUUCCAGUUGUACUCUAGAUUGUGCAGAGUCCACCUCCUCUAAGGCUUUUCCUGAUGAAAAAGAGUUGGAAAGCUAUGGGGCCUUGGAACAAGUUGGAAGCUUUGUAGGUUCCUGUUAUGAUAACUGCAAGGAGAAGGAAAAUUAGAACUUCGCUGAUAACAAAAUGAUAAUGGUUCAACAUCUUUUAAGUAUAGUAUGAUGUGAUGUCUCUUUACCUUUUACAAGUAUGUAGAGACUGAUAGAUAUAUUUUAGUUUCAGUCCUCUCAAUCAAUAAAAAGGAUUUUGCUA